CGUCGGCAAAGUCAGAACACGUGACAGAAGCAGGAAGUGCGAGGACGAGUACACGGUCCAAGUUCAACAGAAUGGUUGCGGCUCUAAGAGGAUUUUCUUACGGUGUGAUGUCCUCAGACCUCCCCGGGCAGGAAAUGUUUGGUCGGCUGAACACCUCAAAUUUGGAUACAAACGUUUGCUAAUUUUGGAUGAUUUGUUUCUCCAACACGCACAUAAGAAAAGUCGAGUCAGGAAACAGCAAUUUGACUCGUCGCCAUCCAACAAAAUGUUUCGGGGUUACUACAUUUUCCUUCUUUUCUUUGUUGUUUGCUGGCUACAGCCAAUAAACGGGCGAGCAGAGCUGUUCCCACCUCAGAAUGUGGACUUGGUUACCAUGAACACCUGUUACAUGCUGAAGUGGGAUUGGAAUGAGAGUACUUCAAACAGCCAUGCUGUUUCUUUCUCUGCACAAUGUAUAGCGAAGUACAAGCUGGACUUAAAGACAAAGCACACCUGGACUACGGCCUGUGAUAACACAGCUCUGAAAUCAUGUGAUCUUUCUGUGUGUCGUAUGUUUUAUCUGGGUGUCUACAUACUCCGUGUUCGUGCCAAUGUAAAUGGCAAUCACUCCAACUGGGUACUGAAAACAUUUUGUCCUGAGGAGCAUGCAACAAUUGGUCCGCCAUCCAAUGUGCGCCUGGCUACUCAUGGAAGCAACCUCUCGGUUUCUAUCUCUCAUCCACUGACCAGUUUAAAUUGCUCCAUGACAGAAGAAUUUUCCAAAUUGUCCUACAACAUCUUGUACUGGGAACAUAAUGAAGACAUGCAGGUAUUAGAACCCAAGAUUUUGAAGAGCGAUAAGUCUGAAGUGACUCUGACAAACCUUAAAUCUUGGACAUUCUACUGUGUAAGGGUCCAGUCACGUUUCGACUUCUACAAUAAGACCAGUACAUUCACCUUAUCCAAGUGUAUUCAGACUGAAGGCCCUAUCCCAUUGUGGAAGAGGAUUUUGUACUUCCUGGGCUCUUUUUUCCUGUUUUUUCUGGUGGUUCUGCUCCUCUUGUAUAUUUCAUUGAAGUGCUACUGGACAGUCAAGGAAACUUUCUACCCCAAGAUCCACCUUCCACCAUUCUUUCAAAAGGAUUCUCAUGACUCCUUUGGAUCCGAUAUUCCUUGUCUACCAUACUUGGGCUCAGAAGUAUUUUGUGACGAAGUUCUGAUAUGUGAAAAACCCCAAGGAUUUCACAGUCUUCCCUCAGAAGUUCUCGCCUCAAGCCAGGAACCAAAUAGCAGUGGUCAGGAUAGUCUUUGGGAUGUAAGAAGAAGCCAAGACUCUGGAGUUUACUGUACAGAAGGCAGCGAGAGCCAACAGCAGAGUAACAGCAGUUAUUCUUCCUCUGGCGCCAAAUUGUCUUAUCUUGUUUACCAAGAUCAGAAGAAAAUGAAAAAUAUGAUUAGAAUAAUGCCACAGUGUUCUCAAAUUACUGCUGUUCAGUAGCAAGCAGCCUUAUCAACUCCGCCCAAUACGAUAUAUUCCACUGUUAGAGACUCAGAACAAUAGUUGUUGUGCUUAUUGUUGUUGGGUAAAUACGGAAUCUAUCAGCCUUUGUUUUUACUGACAUAUAGUGCUGGGUUGCUCGUGACGUCAGGACUGGAAAACAUUCCUCGCAAGAAGUCAAUUGAAAGCAGAGUGAAAAUGCAGAAUGCAGGCACUAGUGCCUGAGGAAAUGGUUCCAAUAGCGAUUUUGGUAAAACGUGUUUUAGAAUUCCUAAGAGAGUUCAUUAUAAAUCGAAAACGUUUUUUAAAGGGGCCUUAAAAAGCAAAACCAACUUUUCUAACCGGAUGGUAUCUGCUUAUCCGUAUUUCGGGUCCCCAUGAAUUCCGAAAAUUUGAACUCAAAUAGUGGAGGCAUUGCAGAGAUAUUUAGAAAAUCUCAAUCAAUCAAAGUUUUGUUUGUAUGGCCCUUAAUCACAGGUGCCAUGAAGGGCUGCACGAACCACAAUGACAUUACUGGUCUGAACCCACAUCUGGUAAAGGUAAACCCAACACUGGAAUACACAGAGACCUUGGGAAGGGACCGCAGAUGUGGGCACCCCUCCACAUGGGUGAUUGGCUGCAAUGGAUUCCAAGUGGGUACAGUUAUUGAAAAUGAUUCAUGAUAAUGUGAGAGUCCAGUCCAUCAGGGGGGAGCAGAGGGUGGUAGGAGGUCUCUAUGCAGGUCAUAGAGGAGUGGUCCACCCUGGGUCGUGACUUGGAACAGCUAGCAUAUCCUCCAGACUGGUAUUUCUUUAGGGAUUAUCCGUGGCCACCUGGUAACCUCUCCAUGCAGGGGGGUGGCAGGUCAACUGGUCUUCAACAGUCUAUUUAAAAGCCAGAGUAUAUGGAUGAGUUUUAAGGUGGAACUUAAAUGCCUUUACCUAAAUAAACAAAUAGCUUGCCUUUCUUCAUACUUCCUCCAAUCGAGCUGUUUGGAAUUUACUCUGUCCUGUGAUGUGGUCUGCCCUAUCUCGUCAGCGGAUAACUCCAUAUAUGGUAAAGUUUUACCCAGAGAGCUUAGCGCGAGUCUGCACUGUAGUCGAUAAGGUCCUUCUUUUUCGCUAUCAUCUUGUUGUGGUGCAGCAGGGGACGGCGUGGCGAAGUUGGGAGAGUGUCCGUGCCAGCAAUCUGAGGGUUACUGGUUCAAUCCCCACCUUCUAGCAUCCUAUUCACGUCCGUUGUGUCCUUGGGCAAGACACUUCACCCAUGCUCCUGAUGGGUCCUGGUUAGCGCCUUGCAUGGCAGCUCCUGCAAUCAGUGUGUGAAUGUGUGUGUGAAUGGUUGAAUGUGGAAAUACUGUCAAAGCGCUUUGGGCUCCUUAAAAAGGGGUAGAAAAGCGAUAUACAAGUACAACCAUUUAACAUUUUUUAUUUAGCCUGGCUCACAUCUACAUGUCUCACCCACUGUUGCCAUUUCUAAUACAAAUGAGUCUAUAGUUUGAACUUAUAUCCGUUAGCAGAUUCACUAUAGAAGCACUAAAAACUACAACAAAGAUGGCGGGGAGAAGACACUGUCGAAGUGGAGGCACAUCGUAAAGAGACGUUUACAAAGCAUCUUAAAGAUGGACUGCAAAACAUAAUCUAUGCAAUAUUUUAACCAAGAAACCAACAUUACAUGUUAUGUAGACCACAAGGAAGUGUUUUAAAUGGAGAUUUUGUUUUGUAACAUGACCGUUUAAAACAGGGGUCGGGAACAUUUUUGGCUGAGAGAGCCAUGGAAGCCAAAUAUUUCAAAAUGUAUUUCCGUGAGAGCCAUAUAACAUUUUUUAACACUGAAUACAACUAAAUGCAUGCAUUUUUAAGACCAACAUUUUGAGAGUAUAAUAAGUCUCUAAUUGUUUUUAACAACAUUGUUAUUCUAAAGUUAAUCAAUAAUAAAUAUAAUACUUUUUACCAUUAAUGCGACAUCUUGAACAGGUGUGAUAGAAAACGGAUGGUAGGAUUAAAAUGCACGAGAAUGUUUUGUAACUUUAAUGUUAUUUUAAACACUGUGAUUACCAGCGGAAUUAUUAAUUACUUAUCGUGUUAAGCAAUGUCAGCUAAGAUUUUUAUCUGAGAGCCAGAUGCAGUCAUCAAAAGAGCCACAUCUGGCUCUAGAGCCAUAGGUUCCCUACCCCUGCUUUAAAACAACCAAAAAGACGCAGAGAGAAGUAUCUGUUUUAAGACGAGUCAACACCACCAUGGAUUUUGGACUGACCUCUUUGUUUAUGACUGUAUAAUCCUAUAAUAAACUAUAAAAGCCUAUUCAUGAUGUAUUAACUUUUCUCCAUAUACUUACAUAUGAGCAGCUUUCUUUAGGAAACUUGCACAUUGAAUGGAUUUGUGCCUUGCAAUGUGUGUGCGCAGCAAUAGUUAAAGAAAAUCUUGGUAAAUAGUUUCAGUAAACUAGAUAAAAAAAUCUCUCAUAGCCUGCAUAUUCCAUAGCAACAACAUACUGUUCUACUAUCUUGAUAAAGCUAAAUAUUGCUGAAAACAGACUGAGGCCAAAGAAAAUAAACAUAGCCAUAGCACACAAACGUCUGUUAGAGGGAAACAUCAAAGAACACAAAGGACAUAAAAAUAAAAGCAGUGCUGAUGCAACCAGCCACUUCUACACACAGCCACAAAAGUAAACAACAACCAAAAACACACACUGUGGUGGCCUCUGCGGUGUGCCACGCCAUCGUCUGGGGUAGGGGGAGCACGGCCAGAGACAGGAACAGACCCAGCAAAGCAACCAAGAUUGCAGACUCCACCCUCGGCCACCUACCAACUCUCCAGUCCGUGUGGAUGAGCGAGGUUACGUCCAAGGAGACCAAGGUGUCCGAUACCUGGUUACAUCUAAAAUAAAAAAAGAUGUACGUCUAAAUGGUAAAUUGGUUAGACUUGUAUAGCGCUUUUGUCCCACACGCCAUUAGACUGUACAACUCCUCUCUGGGACGGGGGACGGGGGGUACUAGGAUGACAGGGGAUGCAAAACAUUAACAGUGCAAUACGUUUUCAUAACAUGGUCACUACUGCCUACUUUGUCUUGUUAUAUUCUUAUUUUACUGUUAUAUUGUUAUUCCCAUGGUUUUUAUUCUUUUUGUAAUAUUUCUCUAUUUUGUUUCCUUUUAAACCCCCAUUAUUUACUUUUUACUUUUUUGUUUAAAUUGAUCUCAACUCUGUACACUGCUGCUGGAAUUUUAAUUUUCCUGAAGGAACUCUCCUGAAGGAAUCAAUAAAGUACUAUCUAUCUAUCUAUCUAUCUAUCUAUCUAUCUAUCUUUUCUACCUUCAAAGUACUCAAAGCACUUUGACACCAUUUCCACAUACACCCAUUCACACACUGAUGGCAGGAGUUGCCAUGCAAGGUUCUAGCCCAGUGGUUCUUAACCUGGGUUCGAUCGAACCCUAGGCGUUCGGCGAGUCGGCCUCAGGGGUUCGGUGGAGCCUUUGCCACGGAGGUAAAGACACAUCCGACAUAUCGUGUAAAUAAAAACUUCUCCCUAUCGGCGUAUUAUGGAUACCCCCAAUCAAUGUUCCCUCUAAUUUUCCAUCUGAUUUGCAGGUUGUUUGAUUGAGCGAUUGAAACUUUUACUCGCAGAUUGCAAAGGAAGAGAAUACAUUAUAUGAAACAGUACAGUUUACACAGUACAGUACAUAUUCCAUACAAUUGACCACUAAAUGGUAAAACCCGAAUAAGUUUUUCAACUUGUUUAAGUCGGGUUCCAUGUUAAUCAAUUCAUAUUAAUGUGUAUAAGGUGUGUAAUUUGUUGUGAGUUCAUGUACUAUGUUGGUUUUGUUCUUUAAACAAGGUGAUGUUCAUGCACAGUUCAUUUUGUGCACCAGUAAAAAAACAUAUGACUUUUUCUUGAA